AUGAAUAAGUGUGUAGUUGCUAUUAUUGGAACUACUGGAGUGGGAAAAUCUGAUUUGGGGGUUCAGUUAGCUAAAGCGUUUAACGGAGAAGUUAUUAAUGGGGAUUCUAUGCAGGUAUACAAAGGAUUAGAUAUUAUCACCAACAAAAUAACUGUUGAAGAACGGGACGGAGUUCCGCAUCAUCUCAUGGAUUUUCUGGAGCCGCAUCAAGAAUACCGAGUAACUGAAUUUACUAAAGAUGCUUUACGACUUAUCGAUGAGAUACAUUCUCGAAAUCAUCUACCAAUAAUCGUCGGAGGCACUCACUACUACAUACAAUCACUACUAUGGAAAAAUUCACUUGUCAGCGAGACGGCAUCACCAUCUUCAUCUAGCGACGAUUCUGAUGACGACUGUUAUAACGAGAAUAGUAGAAAUAAUGAUGGUGAUGAUGAUAAGAUACUUAAUGCUGACACGAGUAUCUUGUACAAGCGUUUACAAGAAGUUGAUCCAGUGAUGGCGAAUAGAUGGCACUGGAAUGAUAGACGAAAAAUUCGUAGAAGUUUACAGAUUUAUUUGAGAACUGGUAAACGACAUAGUGAGUGGAUCGAUGAACAACAUCAGCCUGAAGAAAAAGCUAACUCGCCUCGAUUUCCGCGAAUGUGUAUAUUCUGGCUAUAUGCUGAUCCUGAAUAUCUUAAACCUCGACUGGACGCAAGAGUCGAUAAAAUGAUAGAGAAAGGCCUAUUUGAUGAAAUACGAUAUCUGAGAAAUCAAUUAAAAUUGGGACAACAAAAUACUCCGACCGGAGAUCCUAUCGAUUACACACGUGGAAUAUGGCAAGCUAUCGGCUACAAAGAAUUUGAUCCGUAUUUAUCGUCGUUGGAGCGUGUUAGCGACUCUCUAGGAGACAUUACACCUACUCAACAAGACGAAAUCUUGAAGCAAUCAUGUACAAAUACAAUGAAAGCUGUAACUCGUCGUUACGCAAGACGACAAGUGCGUUGGAUACGUAAUAAGUUCUUGCUAAAGUUACAACAGCAGCAGCUCCCAUCGCCUUCCCCUCAAUCUCCAUCAGAAGAUGCAAAUAUCGCGAAAUUGUAUUUAUUGGAUGCAACUUCAUUGGACACUUGGAUUGAAAAUGUCUGUAAUGUCGCAAUAAAUAUCACAAAAGAGUUCAUGAACUCUGGUACAGGACCCGAUCCUACGCAAUUAAAUUCAAUGGCUGCAGAAAUAUUAUCACAACCAAUCCAGAAAAUGGACAAUUCACAAAGCAUCCACACCUGGAAAAAAUACCAAUGCGAAAUCUGCACAAAAUUCGCAAAUAUCUCCGGUCCUAAUAAACCCCUUCAAGAUGAUAAAACUGAUCAGCAACAAGGAGGUAAUAAUAAUGAAACAUUAUCAUUUUCAGGCACAAGCGAUUCUUGUGAUAAUCGGCUAAAAUCACAAGCUUCACACUCACCACCGCCGUUAUCAUCUCCGAAUUUACCCGUCACAACACUCAUCACACUUAACGGACCAACUGAAUGGAAACAACACUUGAAAAGUAAAUGGCACAAGAGUAAUGUGAGGUUACUAAAAGAAAUGAAUGAGAAAUGGGGUGGGGAAUUGCCACCUUGGUUUCACAAAUUGAAAAACGAUGAGGAUUGA